AUGAGUGCUGCAGCAGACGGUCGCAGCCAAAACGUGGAGACAGUGGCUAUGCAUCCAUAUAAAAAGCAUUUUUUAGAUUCUCAGAAUCACAAGCUCGUCGAGCCUGGCAGCUCUCGACCGGAUGCCAAUGUUUCUGAUAGACCCACUCUUGCUUCUUCGCCGGUGGGUUCCGAUGAGCAGUCGUCCACGUAUGGUUCGGUAGUUUCGCUCAACAAUUCUUCGCAACCUUCAGAUGUGCGGAGCCAGUGGAUUCAACAGAUGGGUCCUCCGUCGAAUGCACACCUUCGGCAGCUUCGCGUUUCCCCGGAAUCGACGAACUCUUCAUCUGAAGACAUCCAAAGAGCAUCGCUAUCGCCAUCUAACGUUUCCAGCCAAACUAAUGGCACACAGGUUAACAAGCGAAAGUCACGGUCAGUGGACCUGUCUCAUAUGUACCUAAUGAAUGGAAGUCAUGAUACUCAGCUUACUUCGACCAACGAGUCAGUGGCAGACAUGUCCCAUCAACUCAUAAGCAGAUACCUCGGUCAAAAUGGCAAUACGUCAUUAGUUCCGCGACUAAAAACCAUCGAAAUGUAUAGGGAAAACGUCAAAAAGUCGAAGGACGCAAAUUUGCUCUUUCAGUUCGCCCAGUACAUCCUGCAGACUGCUCUUACCAUGGAAUUUAACGAUACCCCUGCAACAACAGCUUCUAAGACCGAUGCGAUUGACCCAGCAGAGCUUAAACGAAGCUUUCUGAAAGAGGCCCAGCAUUACCUGAGAAAACUUAGCGUGAAAGGCUACGCUGAUGCUCAAUACUUGUUGGGAGACGUAUAUGCCUCGGGUGCUCUGGGGAAAACGGAGAAUAAGGAGGCUUUUACGCUAUUUCAGGCAGCUGCCAAACACGGUCACAUUGAAAGUGCUUACAGAACUGCAUAUUGUUUUGAAGAAGGUCUCGGCACAACGAGGGACUCCAGGAAAGCUCUUGAGUUUCUUAAAUUCGCUGCAAGCAGAAAUCAUCCAUCCGCCAUGUACAAACUAGGCUUAUAUUCUUUUUAUGGACGGAUGGGGUUGCCGACAGAUGUCAACACAAAGCAGAAUGGUAUAAAAUGGCUUUCGCGUGCGUCUGCGAGAGCAAACGAACUGACAUGCGCAGCUCCUUACGAAUUGGCUAAGAUCUACGAAGAAGGAUUCCUCGACAUCAUCAUUCCAGAUGAGAAAUACGCUACUGAGCUGUAUAUCCAGGCAGCUUCGCUGGGACAUGUUCCUUCGUCCACCUUACUCGGACAAAUUUAUGAAUCCGGAAACAAAGCUGUCCCGCAAGAUACAAGCUUGUCGAUACAUUAUUAUACGCAAGCGGCAUUGAAGGGAGAUCCCGUAGCCAUGCUGGGACUUUGCGCAUGGUACCUGCUUGGGGCGGAACCGGCGUUUGAGAAGGACGAGAAUGAAGCAUUCCAGUGGGCACUCAGGGCUGCUUCUGCCGGGUAUCCGAAAGCACAAUUCACAGUAGGUUACUUCUAUGAGAAGGGAAAAGGAUGCGAGGCGAACAUCGAGAGCGCGUAUAAAUGGUAUGGGAAAGCCGCCAAGAAUAACGAUUCUAGAGCAAUAGCGAAACUAAAACAACGAGAACCGCCCAAGGAUAAGCUUGAAGUCUCAUCCAAGAAGAGACAGAAGAAAUCGAUGAGUGUGUCCACACUAAAUAUAUUCAAGAGCCUUGAGAGUGGAUCUUCAAAGGAAUAUUUCAAUUCCGAAGAUUACAGUCAACUAAAACCCACUAACGGCUUAUUUACCGAUGCUCCUGUGGAGUCGGGAAUCUUUACUCAGGCGCCUAACUGCAGCAAUACCAAAAUAAGUCAGACCCCUGGUGCCGAGGCAUCCAAGGCCCCGAAGGACAGUAAAGAACAACCGCAUACACAAAAGUCAAAUGUUAAGUCGAGCUCUGGCAAAGGCAAAAAGAAAUCGGAGAAGAAUGGUAAGAGUUGUAUAUUGAUGUGA